AACUUGCGAAGUUGAAACUUCCCUCUCUCUCUCUCUUUCCGUGCAUUCACUGGUGACUGAAAUAUUCUUUGGUGAUAAAGUUUCCCCGAUUCCAAUUUUCCCAGAAAAUUUCCUCUUUUUUUUUUUAAUUUUGAAAUUAACACCAUUUUACUCAGUGGCUGCUUUUCUUUGCCUCUACUCCUUUGUGUUUUAACUUUCUUUUUCGUCCUGUUUAGGAUAAUUUUUCACUCUCUCUCUCUCUCUUCCUUCUGGAACAAUGAACCUUUUUCAUCCAUCUCCCUCAGUACUGUGGGCUAAUCUCAGCGUCUUUGUAUUAUAGGCAUAAUUAUCGGAAAUUUUGUGACUCCGCUCAUAAACUGCCUCGUUUUCUAUGGCGUGGAAGGAUGUGCUGCCGUCUCUAUUUCCGUUUGGAAGAUUCUGGGCUUUGAUUAAGGGAAGCAUGGGGCAAGUCGAUCCUGCUGCUCACACUAUCAAAUCUCAUGGAGCUUCACUUGCAAGAAAUCACUUGCAAGACUGGCUUAUAUUGCUUCUUCUUCUGGUGAUAGAGGUCGUUCUGUUUGCCAUUCAUCCAUUUUAUCGCUUCGUGGGAAGGGACAUGAUGGAAGACCUUAAAUAUCCUAUGAAAGAUAACACAGUGCCAGUGUGGGCUGUACCUCUCUAUGCAGUUUUGUUGCCCAUUGCUGUUUUCCUUUUCUUCUAUAUGCGGAGGAGAGAUGUUUAUGAUUUGCACAACAGUAUUUUAGGUCUCCUAUUUGCGGUGCUGGUCACUGCAGUGAUGACUGAUGCAAUAAAAGAUGCAGUUGGCCGGCCUAGACCAGACUUCUUUUGGCGUUGCUUUCCUGACGGGGUAGAGGUUUACGAUAAAUGGGGAGGUGUGGUUUGUCAUGGCAAGGUUAGUGAUAUAAAAGAAGGACACAAGAGUUUCCCAAGCGGCCAUACAUCUUGGUCAUUUGCAGGCUUAGGUUUUCUUUCUUUGUACCUAUCUGGGAAGAUUAAAGCAUUUGAUCGAAGAGGCCAUGUGGCAAAGCUAUGCAUUGUUUUUCUUCCUCUACUUGCUGCUUCUCUAGUUGGAGUCUCUCGGGUAGAUGAUUAUUGGCACCAUUGGCAAGAUGUGUUUGCUGGAGGUCUUCUAGGGCUUGUUGUAGCAACCUUUUGCUAUCGGCAGUUCUUUCCAUCCCCUUAUAAUGACGAUGGAUGGGGUUCAUAUGCAUAUUUCCAAGCAGUGGAAGAGGAAUCACGAGCCAGUGCAAACAGGAAUAACCAGAAUAUUACUAAUACAGAGGAUGAGCAGGACGUGGAGUCUGGUGUUGUGAAUAAUCCAGAAGCAAGGACAAAUCGUACUAAUGCUUUCACUCAUUUCCCUCUCUACUACGAUGAUAUUCAUAGCCCAACGUUGGAAGCCAUGGAGCUGGAACGCAAGUGAACCAGCUCAUGUACAGCUUUAGGUAUUUUGCCUUCAUAUAUUUUCCAUAGGCUGUGAUUUCUUUUUCUAUGUACAUGACUACAUGUAUAUGAGGUCUUUCUAAGCAGCCAAUUGUAGUUCUAGUUUUAGCUGCCAAAUGGCAUUGGCUUCAAAUUAAUGUGUUUCUCAUGCUAAGGUCCAGUGAAUACUACUCGAUUAAUGAAAUAAGUAGUAGCUUUAGCUCUGAA